UCUUAAUGUGUGACUCAAAGGAGAGAGUUGUUUUAGUAACACUCUUAAUGUGUGACUCAAACGAGAGAGUUGGGUUGAGAGUAAUUUGCAUAAUUUACUACAAUGAUAUGAUUUUCUCUAAAAAGGCUCAAAAAAUGUAUACCUACUAAUUAAUAUUAACAGUUUUGUUUUAAACGUCCAUCCAUUUUACAAUAUAAUUACAACACUUUAUGUACAUAUUUAUAUACAGAUUUGAACAAUAAGUUAUUCACUGAAAUAUAUUUAUUAAUUGUGGUUCUUACAAAAAAUAUAUCUUAUAAAAAUAUAAAAGCUAAAAUGUCUCUUAAAGCUCUGCCCGUUUAGUUAGUGCAUACUAAAUAAUUUAACUUUAGCCUACUACUACAAUCAAUCAAUCAAUGUUUAUUUAUAUAGCCCUAAAUCACAAGUGUCUCAAAGGGCUGCACAAGCCACAACGACAUCCUCGGUACAGAGCCCACAUACGGGCAAGGAGAACUCACCCCACCAUAUUAUUUACCAGCAACAUAAAGUGAAACAGAGGCAGAGGUGUCCUGUAAGAAAUAAACAGUAGUGGUGGUAGAUAGACACAAAGCUUCAUCAAACAUCUGAUCCACUGAACAAAGAGCUCCAAAAAUCUUCAUCCUACACUUCUCUUUAGUGAAGUAAAUGUGAACAGCCGAUAUGGGCAUCUACAUCUACUAUAUGAUUUGCCUGAGAAGCUGGACAGGACACAAAAAAAAAAAAAAAAAAUUUAAAUUUUUUUUUUUUUUUAAAUUCAUUUUGUUUGUUUGUUGCGGCCUUAAUUCUUUCGUGGCGGGCCGCCACAAAUAAAUGAAUGUGUGGGAAACACUGUGAUAUUAUGAUAUGAUAUCAGUUUUUCUGAAGAUAGAGGUUGUCAUACAAAGGUGAUAUCAUGAUAUGAUAUCAGUUUGUCUGGUGAUAGAGGUCGUCAUACGAAGGUGAUAUCAUGACAUGAUAUCAGUUUGUCUGGUGAUAGAGGUCGUCAUACGAAGAUGAUAUCAUGACAUGAUAUCAGUUUGUCUGGCGAUAGAGGUUGUCAUACGAAGGUGAUAUCAUGACAUGAUAUCAGUUUGUCUGGCGAUAGAGGUCGUCAUACGAAGGUGAUAUCAUGACAUUAUAUCAGUUUGUCUGGCGAUAGAAGUCGUCAUACGAAGGUGAUAUCAGGAUAUGAUAUAAAUUUUUCCAGCGAUAGAGGUUGUCAUACGAAGGUGAUAUCAUUGAUAUGAUAUCAGUUUGUCUGGCGAUAGAGGUUGUUAUACAAAGGUGAUAUCAUGAUAUGAUAUCAGUUUGUCUGGUGAUACUGAAGGGACUAAUUGAAAAUCCUUCACAGACACAGGAAGUGGCAACAAGGUCUGAAGGGGGAGGAGCUUAAGAAGGAUUAGGUCAGCAGGCUGCAGCUGAUGACAUCAUCACAAAUCCACUUGGCCGUGUCCUGCUCUGGUUCUUCUUCUCUUCUCCUUCAGAGUCCACCAUCAGGACUGCAGACUCCCCAGGAGCACCUUGGCCACAGUCCAGUUCUACCUGCAGCCGUCGCCAUGCCAACCGUCAAGGGCAAGAAGAAAAGGCCCAAGAAGGAGGCAAAUGAAGGGGAGGAGCCUGGUGAAGCAGUGGACGAGCAGACGCUGACCCCUGACCUUCUGGAGGCGGCGCCGCAGAAGAAGAGGAGGAAGAAGAGGAGCUCUACGAUUGACCAGGAAGACACGCCCAACGGCAACACCACCAUGGACCAGGACCAGGACCAGGACCAGGGUGCCAUGGCCAGGAAGACCAGAAGGAAAAGGAAGGUGAAGUCAUCAGAUCAUUGCACCAACAACCUCCAUGAUGAUGUCAUCAUGGGCACACCCCAACACUCCUCCCCCCAUGGACACGCCCCCCAUGGACACGCCCCCAGAAUCUUUGUGGAGAGGAGCAGGCGCCCCCAGGUGGAGCACACAGACUCAGACUACCUGGAGUCCAGACAGGCGUGGAGCACCAGAGACGUGGCCUUGCAGGUGCACAGCAGCUUCAGGGUGCUGGGCCUCUUCUCCCACGGCUUCCUGGCGGGCUGUGCGGCGUGGAACAUGGCGGUGGUCUACGUGCUGGCGGGCGAGCACAUGUCAUCACUGACCAACCUGCUGCAUCAGUACCACUCGCUGGCCUACGCUGCUCAGUCGCUGCUCUACCUCCUGCUCGCCAUCAGCACCGUGUCUGCCUUCGACAGAGUGAACCUGGCCAAGGCCUCCAUGGCUCUGAGAGGUAUCAUCACCUUGGAUCCUGCAGCUCUGGCAUCGUUUUUGUAUUUCAUGGCACUGAUCCUGGUCCUCAGUCAACAGAUGACCAGCGACCGUAUCAGCCUCUAUCCCUCAGCCAAUCACACACUGUGGCCUCCUGGUUCUGAGGAGCAGAUCUUGCGACCGUGGAUGGUGGUCAACCUGGUGGUGGCGUUGUUGGUGGGCGUGGCUUGGGCCGUCAUCGCCACAAGGCCAGACAUUGACUACACAGAAGAGUUCCUGAUGUCCAUGGAGGUGGAAGGUUAUCCCAGAGGAGAAGACAACAUUCCUGCCUGAAACAUUGUCCACUGCAUAGCAUUUAUUUCUUUUUUCUACACUUUAAGUCCAAAUAAACACAGAAUCUUCUUUUCCUGCUUCUAGUCAUCAAGUGGAAUCACUGCUACAUGAUCAAUAAUCAGUGGGCCCCAUUCAGCAAUAAGUUCCUCACUUUUCCUCUUAUCUUUCUUCCUAAGUGAUUUCCCAAGAGGAGUCCAUUCAAAUUCAUGACAUGUUCUUAAACGGCCAAAUUGUUCCCACCUGCUGUUCUUAAGUUGCUGAAUGCCAAAUGGUUAGCGCGUGCAUGUCUAUCAUAAUUUGCAUAAAAACACGCCCUUAAUUCCCCAUAUAAGGGCACAAUUCCAGGGGAAAAGCUGAACAUCAAACACACGGAGAAAACACAAGCAGAUUACAGAAUUAUCCCACGGGGGAAAUACAUAAUGUCAAAAUAUAAUGCAAAAUAUUUUUUUCUUCCAAUGGGGGGCGUGACAGACAAUAUUUGAGAAGCACUGUAUGAAUGUAAGAUUAGACAAUAGACGUAAGGGAACUUGUCACAAUUAAGAACAAAUAGACGUGCGGUGAGGUUCGUGGCUGGUGAGGCACUGACUUCAUCACAGUCACAUUUACAAACGUAAGAGUAUCUUAUUCACCAUUUGAUUGGCAGCAGUUAACGGGUUAUGUUUAAAAGCUCAUAACAGCAUUCUUCCUUGCUUGGCACUCAGCAUCAAGGCUUGGAAUUGGGGGUUAAAUCACCAAAAAUUAUUCCCAGGCGCGGCACCGCUGCUGCCCACUGCUCCCCUCACCUCCCAGGGGGUGGGUCAAAUGCAGAGGACAAAUUUCACCACACCUAGUGUGUGUGUGACAAUCAUUGGUACUUUAACUUAACUUUAACUUUACACAUACAAACUGUAGUACACAAAAAAGCACAUUUAAUAAAAAAAACGUUAUUAUGGUCUUACCUUUACUUAUAAAUGAAGUCCAUGCGCUGCUCCUUCUGAACAAAAGCAUGGAUAACUUGUUUAUAGAAGUCUUCCUUAUCUUUCUUCAGUUUUAAAAGUCUCUCUGUCUCGAUGGAGAUCUUCCUUGAAUUAUUACCUCCUGCUUCCAUUGAAAGUCCAGUUUAGAAAAGUGUUUUAUUUUAGAUAUGUAAUCCUCCAUGUUAAAAGUCCAGGCGAGAGGAAAAAAUAAACAAUC